AUGCAGUUCGCUCGGGCAUAUGUGCGAGGCGCCAUUGGGCUUCGCGCAUUUUCAACAGCGCGUGUCUAUCGCGCCGAACUUUCUUAUCAGGUCUACGUCCCGGAGAGUGAGCACCCCGUGACUCGGGAUCCGAUUUUGUUCCUGCAUGGGUUAUUCGGUUCCAAGCAGAACAACCGUAGUAUCAGCAAAGCUCUGGCCAGGGACUUGAAGUGCCGCAUAUUCACUCUGGAUCUGCGCAAUCAUGGCCAAUCCUUCCACGCCCCGGAGCAUAACUACAGUGUUAUGGCGGAGGAUGUGCAGGAGUUUAUCGAGCAGCAGAAGCUUCACAAAUGCGUUCUGAUUGGCCACUCUAUGGGCGCUAAAGCUGCAAUGACGGUGGCACUUCGCUCUCCCGAGCUUGUAUCUGGCUUGAUCCCCGUGGACAAUGCACCUGUUAAUGCUGCGCUGAAGAGCGACUUCCCCAAAUAUGUCCAGGGCAUGCAGCGCAUAGAAGAGGCGAAGGUUGCCAAGCAGUCGGACGCCGACAAGAUCCUCCAAGAAUAUGAAGAAUCUCUUCCAAUCCGUCAAUUCCUUCUCACCAAUCUCACCCGUUCAGAAGAGGACAAUACGCUGAAGUUCCGCGUGCCCCUGUCGGUGCUCGGCAACUCGCUUGAAGAAUUGGGAGACUUCCCGUUCUCCGAGUCGGACGGCAAGCAAUAUAACGGUCCUACGCUGUUUGUUCGAGGUACCAGAUCCCCCUACGUCUCCGACAAGACCAUCCCAGCGAUCAAACAAUUCUUCCCGAAUGCACAGAUCGCCGAUGUGGAUGCGGGGCAUUGGCUCAUCUCUGAAAAUCCGGAGGCAUUCCGGCAAGCGGUGCUCAAGUUUUUAGGAUCGUCUUAG